UCCAGAGCAGCUCCCGAGUUUUGUGACUUAGGUGUUAGUUGUCGAUGCAAACCUAAAUGGCCUGUCCCGGCCCAAUACACUUUCCUGUAGUGUAUAAGGGUUUUAUGUAGUGAUUCGAACAUUCUACAGUCUUUCCACGCUUGAUUUGAGCCAUGGUCAUCGGAUUAAAAAGUGUUUUGUUGAUUAUUUGUGUCUUAUAUAAUUAAUUAAGCAUCAUAUUUCUCUUGUCCACAGUUCAACAUGAAAGGCCUUCAAGAUCUGAUGAGAAAUAUUGAUAUAAAACCUUUUCAUGUAAACACUGAGCAUUUAGUGAAUAUAACCCACAUCAACAAUCCUCAUGACUUUUAUGUGCGCAAUGUUAAAUACAUGCACGUUGUUCUGAAAAUUGAAAACCUGAAGAGACUACCACCAGCUUGCAGUGUGAAAAUGGACGAAAUUGUACUAUUUGAUAUGGAUACAGAUUCUAGCACUACAAGAUAUGCUAGGGGUCAGGUGCGCAAUAUUGAAGAAAUUGUACAUUCAGUAAUUUGUACUCUUUCGGCUAUAGAUUAUGGUUUUUUUGUAAAAGUACCUCUAGAGUGCAUUUACAAGUGUGAUAAUUUAGUAUUGGUACUUCCCCCUUUGGCAUACAAAUGUCGGCUUGCUCACUGUGACAAGAAAGGAGAUUCAUGGGGAUUGGCCAUUGAUGCCUUCAAAAGUUAUGUCAGUACUAUUGAACAUACUAAAAUGCUUAUACAGGGUCAAAUUGCAGACAAGUUAAUUGUUAAAUUGGGCAAGACUGAAAAGGAAGAUUUAGCAACAAUUUUAUCUUACACAAGUUUUACCAGAUUGGCAGGUGUGCCAGAUAAGAUUAAUGGACUGCAGCCAACUGCUGCAGCGCUACCGAUAAAUUUAUCAGGCUAUACCUUGAAAGACCGAAAAACAAAUGUUAAACUUCAAGUAACAGUAUUAUCAGGCUCAUCACUGCAAGAUUUUUAUGUAGCGGAAAUAAAUGACUACAAGCAAUAUAUUGAAAGCCGCGAAAAGUUUGCAAAAUAUGCCAUACAGGAACCCAAAUGCGAAGAAGGCACUUUAAAGAAAGGUGAUAAUAUCUGCAUUAAAGAUUUUCUAAACAUGUAUGAAAGAGCUAUUAUCAAGGAAGUAUUGGAUCCUACUAAGGCUCUGGUCUUUAUGGUUGAUAAAGGACAAGAAGUACCGGUGCAUUAUAAGAAUAUGAGGAAGAUGCCUCGACAAUUUAUGGAUAUCCCAGUUGUUGCUAUUUGGUGUUCAAUCCCUGAGAAUUUGGCAAAUAAAAUCAGCGGCAUGAUGGUUUACCCUGGAAGGAAGUUUUAUAUAACAAUCAAGGAGCUAGGACAUGGAUUUAACACUCCAAAUGUAGUCGACAUAUCUACUUUUUAAGAUGACACUUUAAGAAGUCAAAAUCAGAAGAAAAGAAGAGAAGAAGUGAGAUUACUUUUAAAUUAUUCUUCAAUUUACACCUUCUAUGUAUUUGAUGGAUAUUGUGGGUGUUAAGAUAACAUUUAAAAUUUAAACAGAUUUUUGAAACAAUGUAUUUUCUAAUCUUUACUUAAUAUGUGAAUUCAAAAUUUGCAUGUUUAAUAAGUUGUAGUUCAGUAUGAUAUUUAUUAUAGAAGUAAGAAACCAUGCAACAAAGAACAAUGGGAAUAAUGUAAGCCAGUCAGUUAUGUCUAUUUGGAAUUUAAGCACAAUUUUCACUGUAUCAAUUUAAACUAAGUCAGGUUUUAGUAACUUUAAAACCAUAUUAUCUGAACUUCACUUUUUAUGUAGAUUUAAAAUUUUUCUGUUUUGCAAUGAGUGUUUCAGUAUGUAGUAGGAUGUGUAGUAGGACCUCUACAUUUAAGGAGUAGUAUGGUGUGCUAAGUACCAAAUAAUAUUUAAAUUUCUAUAUAACAUGAUAAUCAGUAUUGUAGGCAAAGGUCUCCUCUUACAUCCAUAUUAAUAAAGUGAAUGUUUGUCUUGUUUUUUUACCAAUCUUCAAUGACUUGAAGGUGCUGCAUUUGCGUUGAUGGCUUACAUCCUUGUCAACGGUAAUUGAUACUUUCUAGGCCGGUUAGUAGCAAUAGUAAGGGAAGGCCUAUGACCAGUGGUGGCCAAUCAAUAAUUAACAAUAUCAGCUUAAUAAAUGAAGCUGAUAAUGUUA